AUGUCUUACAAGGGUCAUAAAAAAUGGCCUGGUAUGGUCACCUCUGUCCGUGACCGAAAGGCUGAGAAGGAUGAGAAGGAGAAGCUCCUGAGGCGGAAAAAAGAUGAGGAGGAGCGGGAGAAGGCCUUGCGGAAAAGCCAAGAAGAGGUCGCUCGCUGGCUGGAGCAGAAACAGAAGUACCCCGAGCAGCCGUACCGUGAGCCGGUUCGAGAGAAGGAGACCAGGCGCAAGGCCAGCCGAGAGCGCUCUCGCCGUCGACGAGAUGCGAGCCAGGAGAACCGGCACGUCAAAGACAGGCGUGACUCUCGCUCGCCCCCCCGCGAGCGCGAGCGCGACCGGGAGCGCGAGCGCGAGCGCGAGCGGGCAAAGGCGGAGGAGGUCCCUCGGCAUGAUUCCAGCCGUGGAGCAAGGAGGAGGUUUGAAGAAGCCUUGCAAGAAGAAGCGUGGGCUGCAGGCGAGGCCGGCAUAGGCCUUGAGCGCUCGGCCGUGAGCUCCUUCGCUCCCGAGGAGUGCGGCUGGGUGUCCUCCACCCAGGAAGCUUCCUCCGGCAGCUGGGUGGUCACUGAAGAGGCCACCCAUGAGUAUGAGGAGCAGAAGCAAAAGGCUGCUGAAGAGAAGCAGAAGCGGAUGGAGGAAGAGAAGCGAAGGAAGGCCAAGCUGGCCAACGCCUUCGCUUUUGGCAAUGAGGAUGAUGAGGACAAGCGGGAGCAGGAAAGAAUCGCUGCUGCGAAGCAAGCUGCACAGCAGUGGAAGCAGGAGAUGCAGUCCCGUGCACGCCCCUCCAGGGGGGAUGUGCAGGGAAAUAGACCUCGCAUAGACAUGUACACGGCGCUCAAAAUGAUUGCCGACUUCAAGAGGAGCUGCAACGGAAAGGCCAAGCCGAUGCCUCCUGAGAUUGUGGAAGCUACAGCAAUUGUGACCGGCGCCCCGAUGUGA